UAGCAGUUGUGUGGGACAGCGCUGCGAAAUUUUGCAGGCGCUCGCAGCGUACGAGGGCUCUGCACCACCUUUGCGACCGGUUCGCAGUACCCCAGCUGCCCUCCACCAGGUGCACGCUCCGCAGCGCACGCCUGGGGCCUCUGGUAGAGUAGACCAGUACAAUGGCCAGCGCCGCGACGGUCCCGAGCCCGCCGCGCCAGCGCGUCCUCACCUUCGCCGAGCGCCAGCACCUCAGCGACCAGCGGCGCGCCGCCGUCCUCGCGCAGCGCCAAGCGGAACGCGCGAAGCGAAGGGAAGCCCAGGCGUCGCGGAGGACGGCGAACAGCGCGUCGCCGGGCUACGACCCGACGGCGUAUGCGGCGCGCCGGGCCGCGGCCAUCGCGGACGCGAAGCGCGCGGAGGCCGUAAGAAGGAGAUCUUCGGGGCGCUUCGCCGACGGCGACGGGCCGCCGGCCCCCGUGCCGCCGCGAGGUUAUUUUCCGACGACGCCCGUGACGCCGAGCUUCCCGACGUCCCCUGUCCAGCAGGCGUCGCCCUCGCCGCCGCCGUGGGAGCGCGCCGCAACUCCGCAAGCGGCCUACUACUUCUCGCCGCCGCCCCCCGUUGAUCAAGAUACGCCGCCGCCCGCUGGGAGGCCUACACCCCCGUCGCGACCGACGCCGUCUCCCUCAUCUUACGACCCCCGAACCUACGAACGGGAGACGUCGCCGCCGCCGCCACCCCACGAGGAGGAGGACGAUUCCAAUGCCGAUUUGUUGUUCCGACGGCUGAUUGAUCGAGAAGACGAUUCUGGUGGAUGGAAUAAUGAUGUCGAGAGUGCCCAAAUACCGGCUCUGCCGCGACGGAAGGCGCCGCCGCCCCCGAAGCGACUGAAAGUAAAACCGCCUCCAACGACCCAGCAGAAGCGCAUGAAUCUGUCCGGGAGCCCGCCUCGUUCGAAGAGCGCGUCGGAGAAGGCCGAACGACAAAGGCGGAUCGCCAUCCGCAAGCGGCGAGAGGCCGAGGCGCAAGCAAAGGAGAAGGAACGACCCAUCGAGGACGCGCGUGUCUUAGCGCGGCGCCGCGAAGAGGCCCUGGCCCAAGAAUUGCGACGGGCCGCUGAACAGGAGCGUCUCGCGAGGCGCGUGCCGUCGCCGCCGCCCGGAAAACCGCCGGAGCAUAGGAGGCCGCAGCGCCGCGUCGAAGCGAGGGUGCAUCCUACCACGACGCCCUUAUGUGUGCAACGGGAACGACAGCAGCGCCGCAUGAACCAGGCCCAAGCGUCGGAGCCCGACACUAGAAGGAACCUAGAUAAGCGGACCGCGCGACUGAGGAAUGCGAGGCACUUCGCGGCGGCCAUUCAACAACAUAGGGAGCACUACUGCUGCCCGUCGCCUCAUGAUAAAGAAAACUCGGAGUCGGACUUCGGGGCCGGUGCGAGGGUCGUGGUCCGAGUCCGGCCCUUGCUGCCCCACGAAGCAGCCAGAGGAGACUUCUGCGCCGCGUCCACGGACCUACCCCCGCCAAACGAAGAACAGAGAAAAAAGUCGCACUGCUGGGUGACGGUGCACGAGUGCACGAUGCAUGCGGAUAUGGUCCGAUUGCUCCACCGCUGCGCGAGGUUCCCGGCAGCCGCGACCAUUGCCGCAGAGUCGUCCGAGGACAACGCCUUCGAGCGGGGGUGUCUACCUGGCUUAAGAGCGGCACUAGAUGGAAGGGCUGCGGCAUUAUUCAUGUUCGGCCAAACCGGAAGUGGGAAAACGCACACGAUGCACACGUUCGAGAGAAAUGUUGCUGAGAGUAUACAAGGUAGAAGUGUGCGCGUGAGGUACUUCGAGGUGAAGGGCAAGCACGCCUUCGACUUGCUGCGGGAUGGUGAUUCCUAUGACGAUUGCGAUGAUAGUCCAUUGAGGGACGCGCCGAAGCCCGUCACGCUGGCCGACGAAGUGCGAGGGACCACCGUAGAUGCGGUGUGUGAAGAUAUUCGGAGUCCUCACGAAUUACUGGCUUUGCUGCGGCGAGGGAGGCGUAGACGAGCGACCGCGGCCACGGACGUUAACGGAGGUUCGAGUCGCAGCCACGCCGUGUGUCGGUUGGAUUUCGACGAGGAGGGCGGCUCCUUGACGCUCGUUGAUUGUGCGGGUUCGGAGCGGUCCCAGGACUCCUUAUAUCACGACAAGCAAAGGAUAAAAGAGUCGGUGGAGAUCAACGAGAGUUUGUAUGCCCUCAAAAGAUGUAUACGAGCGUCGCGCGCUGUGCGACGGUGGAAAGCGAGAGGCGGGUUCUCGAACCCGGACAAUCCCACGCCCGCGCCGCCGCCGUUCCGGGGCUCGGCUUUGACUCGUGUUCUGCGGGAGGCCUUCGUGAGUGCGGACGCGUGUCUGUCCGUGGUGGCUACGGUGUCGCCAAGUGCCACAGAUGCGGAGCACACGGUGUCAACAUUAAGAACGGUCUGUGAACUGGCAGGCACCAGUCGUGCGGCAGAGGCGGCCUCCGACCCCAAGCCUCGGACGGUGCCCAAACUGAGGCACGGCGAAGUCUCAAGACCUGGGCCUCGAAGUCUACCGGUUUCGCGGCACCCUCCUUCAUCGCAAACGUCGUCGGCCUUGCCGCCGUUCCCGAACAAGUGGUCAAGUUCUAGACUCGCGGCUUUUUUAGCGACGCGGUGCCAUCUAUCGCAAGCCGCGGAUCGUGCUCUGAAGUUGGAUCUGGACGGACGACGCAUCUCGCGCAUGAGCGAGCAGGCCGUCGGCGCGGCGCUGCUGCAGGAUUCCGCCAAUGCCAAGUUGAUCGUCGACAAACUGCGCACCGAAGCCGAGAAGUGCGCCGUACUACAUAAGCGCGCGCGGGAGCAGCGGAGGCGGGAAUUACGUGGCUAAAUU